ACCCGCGGAGCCUCUCAUCUUUCCUGGCCACAGGGUCGAUGGUUCCCCAGAGUCCCAGCUAAGUCUGUGGUGGCCCUGAAAACACCCAUCAAGGUGGAGCUGGUGGCUGGGAAAAUCUACAGGUGGUGUGUGUGUGGCCGCAGUAAGAAGCAGCCCUUCUGUGACGGCUCGCACUUCUUCCAAGGCACUGGCUUGUCCCCACUCAAGUUCAAGGCCCAGGAGACGCGCACGGUGGCACUCUGUACCUGCAAGGCCACCCAGAAACCCCCAUACUGCGAUGGCACCCACAGGAGUGAGCGGGUACAGAAGGCAGAAGUGGGUUCCCCGCUCUGAGGGGGCGGCUGCUACCCAGCCCCGGGUGGCUUGAUGCCAGGCCUCUCUGAUAGACAACCCCUGUGUGGGGAAGGAAACUGAGUCCCCGGGCUCAAGAAGUAACCAUCCAGAGACCCCAGUGCCACAGCCGCUUAUGAAGCUGUUCCCUGCCACCUGAGAUCUCCGGUCCAGAGCACGGAGAGUGGGCCCUGGGUCACCAUCUGCGGGUGGACAGGAUGGUAUUAAACAAGCAUGCCCACCCAGAA